GCUAUAUAAACUUGAAAGAUACUUUGAUUUCCAAAGUCUUGGACAACAUGGUAACAGAAUUCUCAACAACCUUUCCUUCAACACCACAAAGCUUGUUUACCUUCAAAGAGAAUAUGGAGAAUAGCAUGAAAGAAGAAGGUGAAUUAGGCAUGUCUUCAAUCCACAAGGUUGACCCAGGGAAACCUGCCCCACUAACAUGGCAACGACAACUAGAUAGUAAACUAAAUCUCCCUGUAGGGCUCACUAUGAAGUUUCAAGAGAUCAGGCAAUUGGCCCCAAUGGGUUUGCGACUGUAUCGUUAUACCAAACGAGAAGCAGCAGAAGGGCGGGCAUCAAUAUUUGACAUUUUCAGAAAACAUAUUAUUACAAGUGAUCAUGGCAUUCCUUUAGGUGGAAUUGGUGCAGGAAGCAUCGGAAGAAGUUACAGAGGUGAAUUUCAGCAAUUUAAAUUGUUUGCCACAACAUGUGAAGAAGGCCCAGUUCUGGCAAAUCAGUUUUCU